GCUCCGGCAGAUCGUCGUUGUUUUCGAUGCUUCACGCACACUGACUGUGAAUCGCCGAGAAUCUAUAUUUUCGUGAUUUAUUUAAUUUUGUCCAUUUCUUCACAAUAUAAUAUCUAUAUAUUUAUAUUGUAUACAAAAUAUUACGCAUUUAUAUUUACGUACACACUUUUAUUCAUUGAAAAAAUAUAUUUUUUUACCGCCGGAAUAAAAUAUCGAACAUUGUUCGGUUGACCAUUAUAUACGUUCCAGUGUUUUUGGGUAGUGAUUUUCGCGGUAUUCAAGUCUUCAGACGACUUCACCGCCACCGUCUCCUACUGUCAAAAUAGCUUGACAAAGAAGCUGUGCCACAAAUCGAACACUGUUAAUCUGAAGAAAAAUAUUGUUUAGUGGAUUACUUUAUAAUUGUUAAGUUUUAUACACUCAGAAAACAGUUUUUCUUAAUUUCGGUGACUAAUUGAAUAAAUUACACAAAAUGGGAGCCAGACAAAGCAAAAGAUCUGUUGAUAUAUCUGCCGGAGCUACUAAAGCAGAAAAAGUUGCAGCUGGAGAACCUUUGGAAAAUGGAACAAUUACAACUGCUUCAGCUGACGAAAAACAAGUGGUUGAGGCGAAUGGUGGAGUUGAAGAAACGACCAAACAGAAUGGAUCAACGCCCCACAUAGAUGAAAAGGAAACUGCUGAAACUGAAGAUGUCAAGGAACCAGUUAAAACUGAAGUAGAAAUAACCGAAGUUUCAACACUGAUUUCUGAAGCUAAUGGCGAUGUGGAAACUAUUGUCGAUGAAUCGUCUAAAACUGCGACUGACGAAACGGCUACCGAAGAGGUUCAAGCAUCUGCAGAAAAGAAGCGCAAGAAGAAGAAAUCCUGGUCGUUCAGAAGCAUCAGUUUCUCUAAAAAAGAUAAAUCCAAACCAGCAGUUAAGGAACAAGCCGCUGUUGACGUGAAGACCGAAACAGUUGAAGAGGUGGCCGAAGAAGAAACAGUAAAAGAAGUAGCCAAACUAGAACCUGAAUCUGCUGUUGAAGUUUCAAAAGUCACCGAAGAACCUCCUACUGUUGUUGAAGAGAAAGAACCUGAAGCUUCUGAAUUAAAUAUAACUAAUGUGGCUGAAAUUCCGCCUCCAUUACCCAGUAGCCCUCCCCCAGUAGAACCAACUCCUGUUGCACCAACACCAACUAUUGUUGAAACUCCUGCUCCAGUCCAACCAGUGGAACCAGAGGUUGUGCAAGCUGAACCUGAAGAUGAAACAGUUGGUGGUGGAGAAGGUUUGGCCGAACCUCCUGAAGGUUUAAAUACGUCUGAUAUUGAAAAAGAAGUGGCCGAGGUACCUUUAGUUAACGGCAACCACAUUGAAGGUGAAAAGUCCGAGCCUUCCUCGCCUGAUGUGAAUUCUUUAUCUGAAAAAAUUGAAGCAAUCAAGCUAUCCAACGCAGUUGAUAUUAAUGAUAUUAAUGAGGUGACCAAUGAAAUUUCAAAUGAUUUGCAUGAAAUUAAUGGAGUAUGUGAUGCAAUAGCAGUUACAAAUGGUGAUGCUGGUCAUGAAGAAGGCAAUUAAAAUAUGCUCUACAGUUUAUUUUUUAUUAUUAUUAUUCACUAAAUGUAUCGUUGACGUCAGUUAUCGAAAACUACACUAAUGUUAUUACCUACUAUUUUAUGUGAAAAAAAAAUGUUUUAUUUCAUAA